AUGCGUAGCCGUCUCUCCACCACGACCUCCCUCCUUCAGCAUCUCGAAUCGACGCUUCAAACGUUCCUCUCCUCCGGUUCAAGGUUCCGCGUGGUCCGCACCAUCUCCCCGUCUGCUGGCGGCAGCGUUCCUCCAACUCGACCGUCUCCUGCUCUUUCCAGCCUGUACAUCCUCGACUCGUCGUUCAAUCCCCCAACCCUCGCACACUCCGCGCUCGCCCGCGUAGCUGGUGUUGACGAAAGUGCAUCGGAGCAGCGAAGGCUGGUGUUACUAUUCAGCACAGCGAAUGCGGACAAGGUGGCAGACCCCUCAGCAUAUGUGAAUCGGUUGGCGAUGGUACAUCUCUUUGCAUUGGAGCUAUCAGAUUCUUUAAAUAGAAGAGGAAAACAGUCUAUAGGACAGGAUACCAUCCCGAGCGACAUCGCCCUCACCUCCACCGCAUUCUAUUCCGACAAAGCCGCCGCAAUCUCUAGUACCAGCACGCCCGUCUACCCUCCCCAAACCCGCCAGAUAUAUCUCCUUGGGUAUGACACCUUCACUCGCUUCCUAUCGCCCAAGUACUACUCCUCCCAUGAGCCGCCGCUGUCGGCGCUCGACUCGUUCUUUGCGAGUGGGUGCGAGCUAUGCGUGAUGAUGCGGCCAGACGGGAGCGAGAGUGCGAGGGAGGAGCAAGCGGGAUAUCUGGCGAGGUUGAGGGAUGGCAUGUUGAACGAUGUCGGCUUUAGAGCAGAGUGGUCGGAGAAGAUUGAGAUGGUGGAGGCAGAGAAAGAUGCGGUUGGUGUGAGUUCAACGGUGGUGAGGGAGGCCGUGGCAGACGGAAGACAUGACGACCUGCAAAGAUUGUGCUUUCCCAGUGUUGCGAGGUGGAUAGAAGAGCAUGGAUUGUAUAAGAGGUGA